UGGUCCGACGCCGCUCCCCAGUCUCCGUAACUUUCGAGGCAUUUGUUCGACUCCUUGGACCAUUAUUAACUAUCACCAAGCAGCUGGCCCGUUUUUGCUCAUAACCACGGCCAAGACUGUUUCCACACAAGUCACGCCCAGCAGUGCCUCGGGUCCAGGUCUCUUCCAAGAACUGCCGUUUUCCACUCAUUUUCGCCCGCUUCACCCAUCAACCGUCACCCCCAUGGUACGACUAUGGUACUGUCUCACGCCAGGAUCAUGUUCCGCAAGCUCCGUGGUAUCGGCCGCCGUGACAAUGAGCCCGCGCCAUCAGCACCGCCGGCCACGACAGCAGAGAGCGAACCCGUCAACCCAUCCCCAUCCCCAUCCCCAUCCCCUCGCGCCAUCCAUAUUAGCGAGGUGAGACGCUCACCCACCGAGCAUCCCCGCAAGCGCGGCUACGAUAUACAGUCCGUCUCCAUUUUCGUCGCGAAUGCCAAAGGCGCCGUUGGCGCCGCGGAUCUAUACAGGCUACUCCAGAGAGAAAAGGGCUGCGAAGUGUACGACCCUACAGGCUACUGCGACACGGAUUACCUCUGCGACGGAUACUUCUACAAUGUCUGCUUCCUCUCGCCACCAAGCGACCCGGAGCCGCUUUCAGCUUGGCUCACCCUCAUGCAGCACGUCUGCCUGGUCUUCACGUACGACGCUUCGUCGAGGGAGUCGUGGGAUGAAACAGUCGCUGCCUGCGAGAGGAUGCGCAGCCGCUGCAAGGACGGCGUCCUCCCCUUUCUUGCGACGGUGAUCGCCGCCAUUGGUGGGGGUGAUGGUGAUGGUGGACCUUCUGGGGUGCCGCACGCGGAAGCCGAGGCGUUUGCGACGCAGCGGGGCUGUCGCUUUGUCAGGUUCUCGCCUGCGACUGGGCGUGGGAUUUGUGAUGCGGUUGGCUCGCUGGUUGAGCUAGCGAAUGGGGCUCGUGAUCAGUAUACUUUGGAUCAGGAGGGUGAGGAACAGAGGUACAGGAGGGCAACGCAUGCAUUCCAGGCAGUAUUUGCCAGCUAGGGGCGUCUAACGGUUCAAGACUGACAUCAUAAGGUAUGGAUGGAUAUGAAUACUGCCGCCAAGACGGUCAGCAAAUAUGUACAGUAAAUGUAGUUAGUGGGGCGCUGCUUCACCUGCACUUGGUUGUUCCUGCUGUAGUCCAGCCACCAGUCUUGCAUCUUGAUUAAGAUGACCCCCUGUCUGCCCACCAGCUUCUCCCGUAGAUGAAAGACAGAUAACUAUGUCUUCGGAGACCGGAGACAAACUUCAAAGCAGCAAUCCGUGCAUCGAGCACUAUUGUUGGCUCUGUUAGAGGGGGAUUGAGGUAGGCCCUUGGGUUGUUUUGGAGAAAGCUAUAUCGCAGAGCGCUGG